UCAGCUCCGGCGAGGGUCCUUUACCAUGUGUUCAUCGAGGAAUUCGGUACAUGGACGCUGAAUCGUGGGCCGUCGACGAAUGCACCACCUGUGCUUGCGACAACGCUCGUGUUACCUGUGAGAUUGAUAGUUGUCAACCAGCAUUCUGCGCUGAGCCCAUAAAACCUGAGGGAUCAUGUUGCUACGUCUGCCCAUACAACGUCCUGGUGAAGAAAGUCCUGCCUAAAAUCACAAGCAGAGAUACCAUUUCAGAGGGAGGGGACAAUCAAGUUAGCGUUGAUGUUUCCAUCAAAUUUCAUGAUCAUAGGGACACCACUGGAGUAUCAGGAGAAGAUCUUUGGAAGCUUUCUGCUUGGGCUUCAGCCACUCCAGACGGCAACGGACCAAGGAUUGGAUUCGAAGAAGACAUUCUAGAUCCGACACAAAAUGACCAGUACUUCACGAAGAGAGAAGAAUUCAAGUUUACCAAUCUGGACUUUUCCUUUUCUGACCCGAUGGCCGAGUGUGAAGACAUGAAGUAUAUCUGUGUGAGGAUCGAGAGGGGAGAAAACCCAAGGACCACUGGAGACCUCGGCUAUACUUUAGGAGGAUACUCUGGCUCGAGUUCACAGACCGGUUGUACUGAAGCCCCCAAAUGCAAACACGAUCGAAGCAUUUUUAGUUCGCUGCUGUCAAAAGUACUUCAGCAAGAUCGCGGACAGUUUAUAAUGAACGUAUUUAUUACCGAUUCAGAUUGCUAAUUACCGAUGUAGUGCCGCCUAGGCUUUAAUUGUUUUGAGCAUCCAAUUACCUUUGUAACAUUGUACAGCUGAAUUAAUACCGAACUUGUAAAAUCGCUCGAACCAAGAACAGUAACAAAGAAGUUAUGUUAGAGAGUCCAAUAUAGUCUACAUUUCAACCACAUUAGCAAGUUAAUGCAUUCCAUAACAAUAAUCAUGAACAGUUAGAGUAUAGUUUUGAUAAAUGUCCCCAAAUCAUUUCAUAAAUUAUACAGUAUAUGAAUAAAAUCCGUACUAUACAACAAAGGGAUAUUUUUUCACCUACAUUUUUGUUGUUGAGUCUCAUUUAUGAGACGGAAGUGAUUUUAAUUUUUUUUAAUGGUAAACUUGAGAGAGCAUUGUCAAUUUAUUUGUUCAGCUCGCAGAAAUCAGUUUACGCAAGAGUGAUAAUUUUCACGCUGUGACGAGGAAAAA